CGAAGUUUCUCCUUCCACUAUAAUUAAUAAGUAUGGAAGAGUAGAUGCGUACCUGAAUCAAAUUGAAGCAUAGGUGUUUGUGUUAUUGUUUGAUAGAAUUCGUAACGAACAAAAUUGUGUGUUAGUGGGAAACAUAUUUGUGUGCAUGUGUGUGAUAGAAGGUCGCCGGAGGGUAACACUACAUGAAGAAAUGUCAGCUUCCGAUAGCAGCCGAGCCCGUGUGCUAGCCGGCUUGACCCUCGACGACGUGUUAGCGAACCAGAAGAGACCUUCCUCGACGCCGCCCAGGGAACCACCACCGCCCAAGAACCGAACCCUUCUUGACAUCAUCAAAGACGACGAGUCCAACAAAAAGGAUCGCAGAUCUUGGAAAGCCUUCAAGGACAAGCUUAGGCUAAAGCGCGCAGGGUCUGCCUGGAUAUCGACAAUUCAUAUCCCUACUUCGGAUGUUCCUAUUCCUAACCCGAAUAGUAGAAUCUUUACCCAGUUUGGUCGCCGUAACUCGGUCCGAUUCCCCACUCAGACUACAACUCCGACUCAGUCUCUGACUCAGACUCCAACUCCGACUCAGACUCCAUCUCCAACUCAGUCCGACUCGGACAUGUCAUCGCACUACAUGACUCACCAGGUCGAGGACCUCAACCCCGCCACCGAAGACUCCGGUCCUCCGGCCACCGCACCCCGGGCAAUCCGCCCCACGUUUAGCCGCCGCGGCUCCACCCGCUUCACCGGCGAAACCGCCGACAACAACACCGCCGGGACCCUGCGGCCGCAGCUCUCGUUGCGGAGUUCGGCCAACAUGCCGACGGCGGAGCCGUACCGGCGGGGGAGGGUGGUGACCUUCCGCGACAGCUUCGACGACGAGGAUGGGGAGGAGGACGGGGAGAAGCCGGGGGAGGGGAGGGCGCUGUCAGCGAGGGAGGCGGUUGCGGCGCAGGAGGCGUCGGAAGCGGCGGCGCAGGAGGCGGAGGCGGAGGAGGAGCAGGCGCCGGUGAUGAUGUCGCUGAUGGACUUGUUAGAGGAGACUGACAGGGAAAUGGGGCUUGAAGGAUCAAGGUAUAUAUUGAGUGAUGAGGAGGAUUUUGAUGAGGAUGCAGAUGAUGAUGGUGAAGAUGGAGAUGGAGGGGGUUCCAUGGAGCACACUUGCUGUAUUUGCAUGGUCAGGCAUAAGGCUGCUUCUAUUAUACCAUGUGGCCACACUUUCUGCAGGAUGUGUUCAAGGGAGCUUAUGGUUAGUAGAGGGAAUUGUCCACUCUGCAACAAUUUCAUUUUGGAGAUUCUUGAAAUUUUUUAACUUUUCUUUUUAAUAAUUUCGAACAAUUUGUUGAUUUUCUUUUUCUUUUUUUAACUUUUUUCUGUUAAUUUUUCUGAUUUAUUGUUAAUGUUGUUAAUUUUGUUGUUAUUAUUAUUAUUAUUUUGUCUGUUUCUCCCCUUUUGAGGUGUGAAUUGCAGUGCUCACCUUAUUUCUUUCCAUGCGUAGAGAUGAAGUUUUUUUAUAG